AAUGAAUUUCACGGACACCAGAGGGUUAGAAGAGAGUUAAACCUGAACUGCAGAUGUUUGGAUGUGAGGAAUAUCGUAGUGUCGUCCCAUUUGAUAACUGGGCCACGGUCCUAUGCAGUAGAAGAAGUGGGGGAUGGGAUGGAGAUAGAGGAGAAGCUCACUGCCAAUCUCGUUCCUCUCCCAGUGAAAUCUCCUAGACAGCUCCAGAAUAACCCCUGCUGGGAGAGAUUUAACACGUCCAAUUCCAACUGUGCUCAGACGCAUUCCCAAACGGGCGUCGACGAUCCUCCACCUCAGAAGAAUAGAAAAGUUGCUCAAAGCAAAAACUAUUCCUCACCGCAAUCUGAACAAACAAACAUCAAACAACAGAGACUGAAGCAGCGACUGCUGCCACUGACCAGGUCCCAUUGGGGCCCAGCCUCUUCAUGUGUUUUGUGUGUAGAGCAGUCUGCAGAGGAACUAGCAGUGCCAUGGCGGUGUAGGGCGAUGGUGGCACAGAACCCUGAACCAUCUCGGCUCCCUUCCAGAAUCCUGCCAAACCUCCAAAACACAAUUAGAGCAUCUGGCUGUGAGAUACUGGAGCUGUGCCGACGUAUGUCCUCUAGGAUGAACUAUGUGAACCAUGUGAGCCCGACCACAUCUGGAACUGGAACUAGACCGGUGGGUUGGAGGUUGCUUGGGAAGCCCGUCGGGGACAGCGGAGCACAGGUGCGGGUCAGUCAACCAGAACACCACUCAUGGAAAGUGAGAAAGUUCUCUGGGGCAUCAGUUGACAGCCACAGUCUCACCAGCCUUCUGCAUAAUAGUGAUUGUGGUUCUGGUGUAUCCAGGGGCAGCCAGACCCAGACACAUCUUCCAGAUACUGCGCUCUCUGGCUGUGCUAAAGACAGCAAAGGAGACAGCCAACAGCAUGGACGGAAGGUCAGCGGAUCCAGGAGGGACCAGAGAGGUGGAGGUGGGGUUGGAAAAGGGAGACAGAUGCCCAGAGAAGAAUCCUUGCGGUGGGGUGAAGGAUCAACAUGGCCUUGGGACUCCGAGAGUCAGUCAAGGAACCAGCGGCAGAACGAGUCCCCAACAGACUGUGAUGUCACCCUACUGCACAUUGUGCAUCUUUUACAGUGUAGGUCAGUCAAUCUGUCUCAUGUCAGGGAAGAAGGACAAUUUGGAGAGGAUUUUCAACAUAUCCUUCACAACAGACAAACUUGACUCAAGCAAAUAGCAAGAUAUUUAGU